GAGAUAUUUCGAACACUAAAGCAAUUACUCGGUUGUCUAUUUGUAUUUAUGAUUUAUACUCUAUUUCGAGACUCUGUUAACACGAUCCAAAAAUAUUUAAAUGAUAUCAAUUUCAAAAAUAUUUUUCUAACAAAUUAUUUCUGGCAUAUCGAUGAAAAGAGGAGAGCUAAAAAUGAAAUCUUCUUAAAUCCACUAAGCAAAGCCGAAAAACAAACCAAUGGACUAUUAAAACCUUUCUCACCGCCAACGAGAGACGAAAUUCAUGAAUGCUGGUUGCCACUUGCAAGAUUCGCAAUUAUUUUAGUGACUUCUAUAGCUGCUAUUGUCGUUGAAUACACGCUUUAUCAUUUGAUCAAGAAUGUCACUCUAUUUGAUGUUGGUGAUAUCAAAGACGAUCUACAGCAGGAAUUCAAUUUUAAGGUCAAUGGAACGGGAUUCAUUGCUGAGCUCAUCCAAGAUUUACUGAAUUUUGAAUACAAGAAAAAAAUAAACAUAUCUAUUUCCACUGAAAAAUGUAUACAACUACCACUAGAGCCGGAUUGGCAACAUUCUCUGCACUAUAUAUCACUGCCACUGGUUAUGAUGUUUCUCCUUCAGGUUCGUUAUAUUUGUAUAUACUUAACAAUAUUUUUGCGAAUAAUCCAAAGAUUUUAUAUUUUAAUAUUAAGGGAAUUUUCGUUUAAGGUAAUAUUCGGCUUUAUCAUUCGACGAGCGACAUUGUUUUAUAUCAUUGGAAAUGUGUUCCGCAAGCGUAGUAAAGCAAGAACCAUCGAUUUAUACAAUCGCUUGUUGUUGGUACGAAUAAAUGGUCGACGAAUUGCAAGAGCGAGAAUUCGAUUUCAAGUUCAUCGCCAUCAUUUGCUUCAAAACAGUUUUAAGCAAAGAAGGCAUAACUGUUUUGAUUUUUCAUUCAAUAAUAUUUGA